AUGGCCUCUGAGGAGGGAGCUAACGCGCUCAAAGUAUACUGGGAACACUUCUUCAAAGCAGAAACAGGCACUUAUGAGAAAUCAACAUGGCUGGACUUAUUUUUAGCAGAGUUCAUUGUGCGUCUCGACGAGGGCUGCAAUCCAAAGGAAUUAAUAAAAUUUUGCCCUGUAAGUGGUGUGGUGUCUCUGGUAGGUUGCGAGUUACUUUGCGGCAUCCACCGAGUCACUUCAUCAAUCAACACGCAAUACACGCUACCGCUACCCGCCACGCUAGAUGUUACGCUCGCUUCUGGCGUCACACCCGUAUUACCUGACACACAAAUAGAGUCAUCAGAAACGGCGGCGGCGCUGAAGUCCUCAAGUCUGUUUACGCGCACCAAUACACUGAGUUCUGCGGAGAUCCUUCGUCAGUACCUGCUCACGGGGCUUGCUUGGCGCUGUCUACUCGUGCUUAAGGCUUUGGGAGUCGAGGGUCUGUCAUGUUGCCGUCAAUUGAGCUCCGUGUUGAUCUGGUUGUUUGGGGAGCUAAGCGCAGCCGGUCACGCGGCCUCAACUCAUCAGAAUAUAACAAGGCCUCCCACUGCGCCUAUACACCAGCUCUUCUCCAAUAGGAUAUGGUCUAAACAAAAGGCCAACGGAAAUCAAACAUCAGCCUCGCCGGGUAAGGGCUCUAUUGCGAUGAGGUCAAGGUACAAUGGCUUGAUGAGAUUAGAUUCUGAUUCUAAAUCGAUAUCCAAUCCUAAAAAGAAGAUAGCAAAGAAGUCAGAAGCGUCAUCGGAAUCUGGGGACGGGGGCGAUGACCUACAAGCUCUCAAUCGCUCGCUGGGUAUUAAGGCGUGCGCGCCCUACGAUGACCUUGACUAUUGUCCCACUCCGCCGCGGUCAUCCGACUUAAAUGACACACUCUAUUCCGACCCCUACUUCACCCCGCGAAAGGCUAAACCUAAAGCUGAUGAUUUUAUGAAAGACAAACAUAAGGAAAUUAUUAAUUCUGAAAUUAGCACUUUCGAAUUUACCUUGAUUAUAAUAGAUUUGUUACAAGAGUUAUGCAGGGCAGAGAGCAGUCUCACUGGAUCUGAAGGCUCGCAAAUAUCGAUGCAAUGCAUAAAUUUUUCAUUAAAAAACCUGUGCUCCCUUCAAUUUGGGUCAAUAGCGGCGCAGUCCAGUGCGUAUGAUCCCCUCGAGUUGUCGAGCAUCAAGGUAGCAUUAACUGAACUUUUGAUCGUUUCACUAGACCAGGUGCUGAUACAUGCAGAUCUCUGUGCCAAAUUAAUAAACGUUGGAAUAUUACCUAUGCUUUUACGAAUCCUAGAAGACGUCGUCUGUAAAUCCUGUGCCAAAUAUAAUACGAAAACAGACAGACAAAAUCGUGCCAAAAACGUAGAAAAUCCAAAUUUAAUAGAAACAAGUAACCUUCUAAAAUUUGUAUUUGGAAUCGCGUAUUCCGUCACGGCAUUCUUUUACUGUUUGCUCAUGCAAUGCCGAACUGUGGAGAAGCUCAGAGAAUUUACUGAUCAAUUUAGGCUAUACGGAGAAUGCUUUAAAGGAGGAUUGCUUAAAGAGUGCAUAGAGCUGAUGAUACGAGUACCGAGCAGCGACAGUGACGAGGCUGUGACAUUAAUUAAGAAACUAAUAGAAUCAAUAGGCAAGUUAGUGAGCGGAAUGAAGAGAGUACGGAGUGAAGUGAUACACUCAGCGGCAUGUCCACGGUCACGACAUAAGCCGUGCCGACAGCGAGUGACCGCUGGUAUGCAUCACCAUCACGAUAUUCUUGGCGAGGCAGGCGCCGGCCUGCCCAUGCCCACUGCCUGCUGUGUGUCUGUGUUAUACGCCACGCUCACCUCGCUUGUGCCAGACGAAGAAAUUUCCGCUCACAAGGUCCUCAGAAACAAAAUCCUCCAUGUCAUGCUUAAGUGCGGGGUGUGUUGUUGUUUUUCGCCGAGUUUUCUCAUGGAGAGCAUUGUUAGACUUAUGCUGACCCAUAAUAGUGUCGCUACUUUGUGUCUUAGAUUACUUGAACACACGGUGUAUGGUGAUUUAGGUGCGAGUGUCCUAGUACCAAAAGUUACAGAUCAGCUGCCGUGCUCGAUUUGUGAACAAUGUGAUGAUAAUAAAGAUCUUGGCCGUAAAUAUUGCGCUCACGGCGUAAGCCCAAUGGAAAGAAAGAGUGUCUGGUCUUUUCUUAUCCAUUAUAACUCUCUACUGCAGCUAGACAACCACAAUAGUGUGCUUCAUGCAACUGUCACUCACCUCCUGAAAGUUACACCGAAAUGCCGAAUGGAAAUGAAAUAUGAAUUGCUUUUUAGUGUCAUUUAUCCCACAUUUAUCGUCUCCAAGCAUAGAUACACAAUCCGGUUAGACGAAUCCGCCUACUUUUUAACAGUUUCAAGCCUUAAUAUUUUUGCUAGUCUAUUAAAUACUGUCUCCUUUGCCGAGCAGUUUAUACAAAAGGGUGGAUUAAGUUACGUUCUUGAGUUGAUAUCGCUUCCAGAAUUUUCUAGCCAGUGCUGUGCCAUUUUGGAAAUAGCUAUCAUUGUCGAAAUAUACAAGUUGAUGAAAGAGAACGCCGAGUUGACUUACUUCCGUGAAAUGAGUUCUUUGGCAUCCGUGCAGAUGCUGUUUAAAUCUCUCUCUGAAGUUACAGAUAAAUGCUUCGGAGUGUUUAAGUCUUGGAUACCUUUAGAAAAGUCCGAGGUAUUACGGGAAAUAAGUGAGAUAAAGGAGUCUUUAGGGCUAGGACUGCGUGAAGGGAGAAAAUUUUCUGAGCCCAUCACAAUAAAAUCCCCGGUAAAGGAGGGUGAGAAUGAGGAACAGGAAUGCUUAGAAGUUCUCAAGACAGCAUGCACGUUCUGGAGGUCGUGCGCAGGCCUAUGCGUGCACAGCCGCGAGUUCGCCGCGUACACAGCACGUGAGAAUGCUCUGGCCGAGAGCUAUGCUCUGCUGCGGCUAGUGCUGCAUGCGCUAUGCCGCCCUUCUCCGCUAUCUACCGUCCCCAGCCCCGCUGCCCUUCGCCUACUCGUCAAGAUCUUGGAAGCAGUGCUCACUGUUCAAUUUGCACUCACUGAUGCAACAUCCGGCCGUUCAAAAGAAGUAAGCUGUGAGGUUGUACGUAGCGCGCUAAGCGAGUACGCGAGUACGGACGCAUGGCGCGACGCGGCCGGUGGUCUGCGGGCCCUGUGCGAUGCGCUUGUAGCUGUUGCCGUUACCCGUCCGAGACCCCGCAUCUAUACCAGCCCUCGGUCACCUACAAACUUUACUAAGGUGCCAUCUCUGUCAUACGGUUCGGAAGCAAGCUCAGCAGAGCUAUCGUCGAGUGAGGAGAGCGUUUGCGGACCUUACCUGGAACCUAGCGAGCAUAGUGACCCGCUUGACCGCCCAGACGACGGAUAUGAGGCCGAUGUAGAACAGAGCAAACUAGAAGCGUCAAAUAUGUUCAAAACUCGAAAACUUUCUGACUCUUCUAUAUUUAGCUAUGUCUCAGGAGAUAAUUGUAUAGAAGCGUUCAGCAAAGAAUGUCCAGAGUACAACAGAAAUGGGGAAUUGACACAUCCGGAACUGUGCGUCAUAGUGGUCGAUAUUCUUACACAAUUGAUAGACAAGUUAUUAGAAGAAGAGGAUGGUAAAGUCAAAGAUGGAAAAGACGUGAGCGGCGUUCUUGCGUCGGGCGGUGAGGAGAUCGAGCGCGUAUGUGCGAGCGUAGCGAGAGCGUGCGUAGCUCGACUUGGUAGCGGCCUCGCACCGCCUCGAUUGUUACAUCGCUUGUUGGCACACGAUGCUCCCGCCGCUCGCCUCUUGGCUAGAAACUCAAAUACACAUGCAGAGCUUCAACGAAGUAUUAUCGAACUGAUAGUGAAAUUGGGGUCCCAAAGUAUGGAGUCGUGUGAACUAGCCAGUAUUUUUCGGCUCGCUAGCUCCUGGAGCGCGCCACUUGGUCCGCUAUGUAGGGCUUUAGGCCGUCUUGCUGCGAGGGACCCUCAGCCGGACUGCGAGUUGCUACUUACAGUCACCGCUCAACCCACAGAUGAAGAGUCCACAUAUGAGGAAGUUGUAGGCGCCGUUAAUCAGCAGGCAGAGACGAGUGCACGUCGAAUAAGAUAUAAACAUUUACGAGCUGGAAUAACUUCCCCGUGGAGUAACGGCGCUGUCCGGUGCAGUCUGGAGACAGCCGGAUGGGCUCCAUGGCUCCAGGGCUUCGGUCUACUCGUUUGGCUGUCUCUCACUCCACCACAACAAGAGGAUUGGCAAGAAGAGCCGCCAGAUGGAGGCACGCCCCGAAAGAAACGCGAGUCAAACGACCUGCUGCACAUAUUCUCAGUCGGUCACGAUUCACUUGUAUUUGAACUAUGGGCCAAUCCUAACAACGGGGAACUGACUGUGCGGCUCACUCGGCCGGAAGACGAAGCCAACUGUGUGUUAAGUUCGGCCACCACUCGCACCGCUAUAAGACCGUCGCGUUGGACCUGCCUUGCGCUAAACGUUACUGAGCGGUUGCACCGACGGCUUAUAUACAUACAGGUAACUCUGUAUGUAAAUGGUCGUGAAAAUGAAGUUUUGUCAUUGCCUCUCCAAGGUAUUCUGGUCCGCAAGGCGACACCCAGUAAUAUACUCCUGGGUGACGUAAAGCCGGCUGGGACGGGAACGGUUCGCGUAUCGUCAAUACGUGUGUAUCGAGCGCCCGUACUUGCAGCGCCCGCUGCGUUGCAUCUCGCGGCCCAUGGGCCCGACAUGCCUUGUGAGAUUCGUUGCGAAUCAGCUAACUAUCCUUUAGUGAUCACGCCGGAACUAUUAGACAUGGAUCUUGAUUGGGACCAAGUCUAUGAAAUCCCAAGUACAACUCUGCGGGAGUUAAAUGAUAAUCUAUUGUUACUCUUCUCUGCCAACUCUCCCGAUGUUAUGAAUCUCUAUCAACCACCGGCGCCAACUCCUACUGCAGUGUUCGGCGGUCGCAGUGUGGGAGGACGAUCACUGUGUAGCAACGGUGUGCCUGAGUCAUUGCGGUGUACGUGGGCCGUGCGUGCACGUCCGCACCCUAAUCACAAUCUACACAAUGCUUUGUUAUCGCUCGGUGGACCAGAACUCGUACUGUUUUUAUAUGCCAGGGUCGUAGAAGCAGGAGGGACCGCUGAACAGCAGGCAGCAGCGUUGGGCGUCGCACUAAGUGCUUGCCGAGGUGACGCACGGUUAUACGCAGCAUUGCACGCUCGUGAUACGUUGGACAUGUUGCUGCCCAUUUUUGCCUGCGCGGACUGCCGUCUUGGGCCACAUACACUCGCGAUUAUGUUCAAAGAAGCUUGUGACAGAUCGGUAAUAGAAAUUAGUGGAGGUGCGGUUCGCGUCGAUGUGGGCACACGGGCUGUGCUACUGGAGCCACGACUUCUUCUAUUGCUGUUGCGUGCUUCCAGAUAUCUGGAUUCACAGCCUGAAGUGCAAUGGGAAGAAGUGGAUCUUAGCUCAAAAGGCGAGGACAAUGAAGACAGGGAUAGGAAGUUAAAAGGAGAGUUGUGUGGUGGGUCCGUAUGGAGUUUGGCGUUGGCUGCGACACGUGCGUUACUGCGGCCAACGCAUCCGCGCCGCACUUUUAACGCGUACCAAGCAGCACGGGUACCGCUGCUGCGGCAUCUACUGCUCGCUUGCAAGGAGCGGUUCCUGAACUCUGACUCUGGUCCGUUGUCUGAACGCGGCAGUCUUACGCUGGUACAGGUGGUCCGCACUUUACUAGAUGCACCGCCAUUACUCGCCAACAUCGCGUUACUCGCAGACUUCUUACUGCUCAUGCACCAGGCUAGUGAGACUUUUAUCACCCACUCCCGCGCAAAUUUCUACUUCCUGGUGACGUCUGAGACACCAGAUAGCACGGAGUUCAACCUCUUGCAGCUGUUAAGCAAACGGCGUGGAAAGCAGCAGCUACGUAAGUGGCGAAGUCGGGAUACCAUUGACAAGUCUAGCUCCUCCAGUAUCUCCAACGAGGACAAAGGCUCCCGGGAAGAAUUACCCCCGGACACGGACAGCGAUAAGACUGACAACGCCAGCCUGGACGCUAAGCAGGUCAAAUCUAUCAUCAAUACAAGGAUAAAAGAAGAUCGAAAGAGUGUAUCGUCAACUUCAGAAUACUCGGACGCCACAACAGCCGAAAUUGGCGCUGAUAGUGAAGCUGACAGUACGGAAAAACAGAACGGCAAUGACGGAAACGAAGGGACUGACCCGCUCAAAGAAUACGUCGUAAUUGACUCAGAAGACGUCGCACAGCCCAAUGUGGACAUAUACGCGGACGGCCUCUACCAACAGCGCAAUGUACGCGCAGGCGCCGAGCCAGGUUGGAGUGCAUGUUCCGGGCUACUGCUGCUUCUGCGAGACACCGUUUUACAUUUGCCUCAGGAUAUGUUACCGCAGGCACUAGGCGGUGCAAUACAACCAGAACAGAUAGCGGUAUUAGCGAAUCAUCGCUGUGCGAGCGUACGAGCGGGUGUCGUACGCGUAGUACGUGCUUUACACGCUCGUGACCCGCGUACACUUGCCGCGGCGCUGCACAACCAUUUCUACCUGCACCUUGCCAAUCAGAUAUCGAUGUAUGACGGGUCCUGGGAGCUGGCCGAAGCUUGCGUCGCUCUGCUUACGGGACACGACAAGCCACUCGAGGACCAAUUAGAUGAGGAAGUAUGGAAUGAUCCGGAUUCGUGUCGUAUGUGUCCGCGAGCACCCCCUUUGCUUGCAGUGCUGCCUACUUGCCUCAACGAUGUUCCUCUCGCUCACAAUGUACUAGCCGUACUGCGCAGACUUGUUGAAAAGUCAUCAGUAAAGUCCCUACACGAAGUGGCACUCUGUGAAGUAGUAGUGCGAUGUAUAGCAGGAGUUGGAGACUCAGGGGGCGAAGGCCGGGACCUAUUGCUAGAGGAGUUGGGAGAUCUGUUAUCCCGUUUUGCUGUAAAGGUGCUUGCUGGAAACCACAGCACACAGCUGAUCGUAGAUAUACAUCACCUAUUGAGCUACAUAGAGCGCGGUGGUGUGAGUGGUGACGCAGAUGGCAACGGGGAGGGAUGCGCUCGCGCAGCGCGAGCCGCACAAGUGCAGCUCUACAUAGGACAGCUUGACCAUCUUGAAACCCGACUACACCAGUUCCACGUGAGCGCGGCUGACAAGAUAGCUGGUUACUUUUCUAAUGUACUUUCGUCAGCUGUAGAGGGCCGAGGCAGCGAGCGCGGAGAGGUGAUGUCUCGUCACGGAGCCGUUGUAUCACGUGCCGUUGCGUUCUUGCUUUCGCGUUCGCCGCGUCACGAGCUUGUAGACGAGGAGAGGUUACUGUUUCGCCUGCUGGACACACUGCUUGCUGGCGUAAGUGGCAGCGGGUCAGGCCGCGGGCGUUGGCGUUGGGGCGGCGGUGCCGAAUGGGCGGCUUUACUCGGCGAAGUGUUCUGGUGGGCGGCCAGCCCUGCAUCGGCCGUACGUUCCCUACAGCCGCGGCUUCUACGCACCCUGUACUGUGCGCCGCCUAACGCCAGAGACUUGCUUGCACCCAAGGAUCCCUCUCAUAUGAGGAAGCUUUCGGUAUACCUGUUGACGAUGAUCCGUCACAUCCACUUGGCAGCGGAGAGCGAAGAGGGCGGCGGGGAAACUGUAGAGUUAGCUAUCACGGACUGGGCUCGCGGUUGGGCGGUGGGUUCGCAGGCUGACUUGCCAGAACGACCCUUACCCGCGGAGGCCGAGCGUCUCUUACGUGCGGAUGAACUACGCUGGGCCAAGACUUAUUAUGCCCACACGCAGGCGCAGCAGAUUGCUAAGGCAGUAUUUAGCCGUUCGGCAUUGGCGGCGCGUGUUUGCGAAACGGCCAUGGCGGCGACACGGCGUGUUGUGGACGCGCAGAACGCUGAGCGAAAAGCCUUCCUUGACCACCUAAGGGACGCGCACGCUCGCCUCGCACGUGCACACACACGUUGGGCCCGCACCCUCGAUGCGCAUGCGCAUGAAAGAGGUGUGUGGCACCGCUCCCGCGGAUAUCCCAUGUCCUGGCAACUGGACAGCACUGAAGGACCCGCACGUGUUCGUCUACGCUUGCGACGUGCACACCUACGCUUACCGCCGGACAAACUACAGCCUUUACAUAGGCAUAAGACUGAAAACGCCCAGCAUCCGCCACCACUACGCAGCGUAUUAUCAGGCGGCGGGGGUGGGGCCAGAGGGGCGAGGCUUCAACGCGGAGAAGCAGUGCAACAUAUGUCUCGGGUGCUCCACGUUAGCGUGGCUGCUGAGACCGCCGGUGAAUUACUCCUCACGGACAGGGCUAUACACUUUGUGCCAGAUGCAACGGCAGACAAUGCUGAGGGCAUAGCGUGGCCAGCUUCUAGUGUCUAUGCCGCUGCCACGCGACGGUGGUGCCUGCAGGAGCGAGCAGUUGAGGUGUUCGUUCGUCCGUCGCGAGCGCAUCUGCUAGCGUUUGAAACACCAGCCGAUCGAACUGCUUUCCUUUCUCAUCUUGCUCGCACGCAUCCACAUAUCAAAACGGAACCAGAGAGUUUAACAGAAGCGAUGAAUCAGUGGCGAAAUGGCCUCAUCACAAACUGGGAGUACCUGAUGAUUCUAAACAGUCUUGCGGGUCGUUCAUACAAUGACCUGAUGCAGUACCCCGUGAUGCCUUUUGUCCUGGCCGACUAUACCUCUAAAAUCCUUGACCUGACAGACCCUGCGUCCUUCAGAGACUUAAGCAAGCCCAUGGCUGUCCAGAAUAAAAAUAGGGAGCAGCAUUACAUCAAUACGUAUAAUGACCUGAAAGCCGCUCGACGCAUAGGCUGCAGUCCACUAUUGUCCCGUCAGCCACAUCACUACGCAUCGCUGUACUCCAACUCAGGCGGUGUACUACACUAUCUCGUGCGGGUACCUCCUUUCACCGAGCAAUUCCUUUCCUAUCAGGACAACAACUUUGAUAUGCCAGACCGGACGUUCCACUCACUUGCAACUACCUGGCGCCUUAUCACUCACGACUCUCCCACCGAUGUCAAAGAACUCAUCCCUGAACUCUACUAUCUGCCCGAAUUGUUCUACAACAAUGAAGGUUUGGAAUUGGGAGUGCGUCAAUGUGGCCUACGCGUGGAUAGCGUAGAACUUCCACGAUGGGCGGCUGACGCUCGUCUCUUCACGUUGGCACACCGCCAAGCCCUUGAAGCACCACAUGUAGCCGAAGGUCUUCCACAUUGGAUCGACCUUGUCUUCGGCUACAAGCAGACCGGCCAAAACGCCGUCGAUGCCAUCAAUGUCUUUCCAGCGUGUACGUACUACGGAUUUGACCCAACUGCGCUGGAAGACGAAGUGGAUCGCACAGCAGCUGAAGCGAUGGUGCGUACGUACGGACAGGCACCCCGUCAAUUGCUUCGAGCGCCACAUCCGCACAGGGCGCCGGAUCUUGCAAACCACGCGCAGGCUUCAUCAUCAGUAUACGCAGGGGUCCGUGGUGUACGUUGGGGACGGUAUUGUGGGUCACCAGGCGCGCCUCCCGCGAGACAAGUUCUACGACGAACGUACGCGUCUGCGCACGCGUUAUUGCCGCUACCACACGCGCGGGCUGUAGUUGUCUCGCUCGAACGGACUGCACUAAUGCCUGUGCACGAUGAACCAUUAGCGACGGGAUCAGGAGCAGCUAACAAUAAAAACAGCUCGUCGAAUAGUCCCAAUUUAGGGCUGAACGUGGGAUUGGUAUCUUGGGGCCACGGUGACGGUGCAGUACGACUGCGUCGGCGCAGAGACCUGCCUCCGGAUAUCUUGUUCCAUACACCACCUACUGAACAGAUAACGACAGUAUGCACGUGGCAGGAAGGCAGAUGGGGUUGUGCAUUGGGCCUUAGCGGUGGGGCCGUAGUGGUGACACGCGCAGAGUGUUGUGGUGGUGUGCUUCGGGCUCGUACGAGGCAAUUGCACGCGCACGCCGCACCCAUUACGCACAUUGACGCGCAACCAGCGGUCACGCUGCUCGUCACUUCGAGUGAAGACGGACUCAUUGUGCUUUGGGACUUGCACGAGUUAACAUACAUCCGUACUCUUCCAAAUCGUGACAUGUUGCAAGUUAGCCUUGUAGCGAUCAGCCCUACAUUAAGUGACGUGGCGAGCGUACACGCGCCCGCUACCAGUGACGUACGCGCUCGUAGAGAUGAGUACGCCGAUAAUGAAGGAAUGGAAUACGAACACGACGAUACAUACAAGUAUAAGUCGCUGAUUAGAGUACACACAGUUAACGGACGAUUUGUUGGUAGCGUCAAAGUGGCGGAGAUAGUUAAGUGCGUGCGUUACUCGGCGUGCGCGGAGGGCACCAGCGUCAACUGCAUAGCUGUGGGGCUUCGGUCGGGGGCCAUCCGCCUGUACUCGUCGUGGGAACUUCGUCCUCUCGCGCACAUUCCGCCACCCCAGCCCUCGCCCCAGCCCCACCCACACACUGAACAUCUUGACCGGGAUACGCUCAGCAUAUCCUUCAGCCAUGAUAACGAAAUCUUGUUCGCGAGCUACGCAGAUGGCGGCGUUGUAGCGUGGGAAAGCGUGGAUCACGCUGCAAAACCCUCGCCCGUACGUAUACUACCUGCGCAUGCCCUACUCUAA